GGGUUUGUAACAAAUAGUUUGGCUUUAUGAAUUACGAGUCAUGUUUUAUAAAAAUAAAAAAAUGUGUUACGUUAUAGGUCAUCAAUUGAACUCGACGACGCCCCGUCAUUUCCCACGAUCGCUAGAGUUUUUGCAAUAGCGCCACCAUUUAGUGGAAAAAUCGGGAAUCUUUAAAGAUGAUCAGCAUCGAGGGUAAAUGGAAGGGAAUGGCACGUCCAUCUUUGCCCUCUUCGAUGGACUCUUCUUUACCAGGAAUCUCUCGGCUGGUCCUGUCCGUGAGCAUGGAACAUAAAUAUCAGUGCCAGAAGUGCAAAGAAGUUCUGAGAAAGCCUUUUCAGGCACAAUGCGGACAUCGCUUCUGCGUGUACUGUUUUAAACAACUCACCAGCUCUGGCCCGAUCCCUUGUGAAGCAUGCCGCGACGAAGGAAUAUUUGAAGAAGAACAUUCCAUACUCGACUUCACUGUGGCUUUCCCGGACAAUGCGGCACGAAGAGAAAUCGAUGGUUUGCCUGCGAAAUGCCCGAACGACAGCUGUACCUGGUCUGGAACAUUAAAGGAUUACGAGGGGCAACACGAAGGCAGAUGUGUGUUCGAGCGUGUGAAGUGUGAUGCGUGUCAAGCCCUCAUCCUGCUCAGCGAAAAAGACCGACACAAUGAGAGAGAGUGCGAAGCCAGAACGCUUAACUGCAAAUACUGCAAAGUCUCCUUCAGUUUCAGAGAUAUUAAGGCCCAUGAUGAGAUUUGUCAAAAAUUCCCAAUGCAGUGUAAAGAAUGUGGUAAAAAGAAGAUCCCCAGAGAAAAGUUUCAGGAGCACAGCAAAUCGUGUGCGAAGUCCAAGUCAGCUUGCCAGUUCAGCGAGAUUGGCUGCAGAGCAGUUGUGGACAAUGGAAAGCAGCAGGAGCAUGAACAGAACAGCGUGAUGGAGCAUUUGCGUCUCAUGCUGCCCGUUCUAUCGGCCGUGCGAAUGCGCUCUGACGCAGCCGGAGAGUGGCAGGAGGACUCUGGGCUCGGCCUGUACCGCGGCCCCGAAGACGCCGCCCUCGCGGGCGCCCAGGUCACCGCAGGAGGCCCCAGCAUGCAGCAGAAGAUGGCCGCGCUCGAGAACAUUGUGUGCGUGCUGAAUAGAGAGGUGGAGCGAACGGCACUGACGCUCGAAGCUCUCAGCCGCCAACACCGUCUUGACCAGGACAAGAUCGAAAACUUAUCCAACAAGGUGCGUCAGCUGGAGCGGACAUUGACCAUGCGGGAUCUACAGCUUUCCGAAUCGGAGCAGAACUUGCGCGAGCUGCAGUUCUGCACGUACGACGGCGUGUUCAUUUGGAAAAUCUCGGAUUUCUCCCGUCGCCGACAAGACGCGCUGGCCGGCCGAGCGCCCGCUAUGUUUUCACCUGCAUUUUACUCCAGUAAAUACGGCUAUAAGAUGUGUUUGAGGCUCUACCUGAACGGCGAUGGUUCCGGCAGAGGCAGCCACCUCUCCCUGUUCUUUGUGGUGAUGAGAGGCAAAUACGACGCUCUCCUCAAGUGGCCCUUCAGCCAGAAGGUAACUCUGAUGCUGUUGGACCAGAAUAACCGCGAGCACAUCAUCGAUGCUUUCAGACCAGACGUCAGCUCUACGUCUUUCCAGAGACCCAUCAGCGAGAUGAACAUCGCCAGCGGCUGCCCGCUCUUCUGUCCUCUGGCAAAGCUGGCAGGAAAAAGCUCCUACGUCCGAGAUGAUACCAUUUUCAUUAAAGCGAUUGUAGACCUCACUGGGCUUUAAAGUUUGUGAGGGCGAGGGGGGAAUAUAUUAUAUAUAUAUAUUUUAUAUAUAUUAUAUUAUAGUUUUGAACUUUUAAAUACAUUUUGUUCAGCAGAACUCCGAUAUACAGCCUCUUUUAUGAUAUACAGUGUUUAUUUAAGGGAUAAUCCGCGGCUCUGUGUGCGGGACACGAUUCUAACGCACCAUGCACAGGAUUGAUUUGCACAAUGCGUUAAAAUGGUCUACCGCACACCCAGUCGUGGAUUAUCGCGUUUAAACCACGGUCACUUGUCAGCAAAUAAAGAUUAGUGUGUGUAUCUGAAGGAGGGGAAAGAGCACAAUUCUGGAAUAAGCACACGAUCGCUGGGUCUGCUAAUGAAGCUAAUGGCACCAGCGCUGCUGUUUUGUUCUGCUAUUAAUUUUAACGUCCUUUUGUCCAAGUGAUCAUAUUCAUCCCAGGCAUAUUGACAAUACGAUUUAUAUCCUGGACAGAAAUAAUCCCUUUAGCGAGGUAAUUAGAGACUAUUGUACUUACACUGGUUACUGUUGGUUAUAAGGCAUUAAAAUAAUAUAGAAUAGAUAUAACAUUGAUUAAACUGUACUGCUAUGGUCUGUAUAAAGCUGUAUAAGGCUUUUUCGUGUUUUAUAUUUUUUAGUCUAUUUAUAUCAUAAAAGCUUCACGGAGUGCAUCAUUUGCAUAAAACCCAAAAAGAGGCUGAUAUUUGGAGUUCCAAACUAAAAUAUUGUCACAACAGCCUGUGUAAGACUGAUUUGACAAUCAUUCAUAUUUAUAAAUAAUAUUAAGAAUAAAAUCAUAUAAUAAUUGAUAUAUAAAUAUAAGUAUGUAUUAUGGUAAUAUCUGAACUAGUGCAGUGCAACAAAAUGCACUGUAAAAAAACAAACAAACGGAUAUACACAAAAAUAAAUAAACUAAGCAUAACUACCGGGUGCCUGUUUUUCCAGGAGCUACCAUCGGUUCCUGUUUUUUUUCCAGGUACCCUGUUUUUAGGGAAAGAAAUGUGAAGAAAAAAAACUAGAAAGAGAAAAAUCCAAAGUAUAGAAAGAAAAAAAAAAAUGUCUUGCUUCAUUUCCUCACCUAAAUAUUAUACUAAUACUAAACAUAUAUAUAUAAAAAAUGAAAUAAGACUUUAUUAAAUAACUCGUUUUCUCACCUUGUUCUUUUGCCAUCUUCAAAAGUGUGUUUUGUUUAAUACAGGCUUGGGAAUUGCAUGUAUGCAUAUAUACACUGUUAAUGCGUGCAUGCAAUAUGUCCCAAACCCGUAGAAAAAGAAACGGCACAUUUUGGAAUUCUUUAAACUUUUACCUUUUUAUUUUUACCAUAUACUUUUACCGUUACCAUGUUAUUUUUAUAAAUAAAGAGUCUGUAAGGUUCUGGUAAUGUAGCAUAUAAACCUUUACUAUGCAUCCACAUAUCAAUGCAUAACACCCAUAAAUGAUUCAAAUACAAAUGCAUGUGUUUAAUGAGCUUUGUUGUCAUGAUUUAUGCAUUUUGUAAUUUCUUGUAGUUUGCUUAAUAUUUAGUAGAAAGUAGAAAAGUAUUGUAAUUAAUUUUUUUCUUUUCUGACUUUUAUAUAAGCUAAAAUUAAUGCAAAAAUGCUUUAGGCAAAAACUUGCAUGCAUGAUAUAUUAUGAUUGUGGAAGUACAGGCCGAAAUGAGUGUAAACUAUUGAGGGAGUUUUUUGUGUGCCGUGUUUAGGACGUAGGUAAAGUUGAAUGAGGAUUUGCAUGUUAUAAAAUGUUCAGUUGAUGAAGUGAACAGUUUUGCCUUAAAGACCUCGAUUUCGAACUGAACCAGGGAAAUUGUCCAAUGUUUUAAUGUCACAUUUUACUCACAUGACAGACAUUGUGUUGGAAAGAUUUUGCCACGCUACGACACUCACUGAAAUCUGGUUGCCUCUGCCCAGAGGUUACAACUUCAAGUCACACAAACACCCUGAAUAAAACAUGUUUUAAAAAUCCA